GAACAUCUCAAAAGAAAUGUUUACAACUGUUGUAGAAGAUACAGCCAACUGGAUUAUCUAGAAAACGAGAGAGAAACUGGAGCCAUUCAGUUUGAUGGGGGAAACCGAGGCACCAAGAAGGAAGUGACUUUCACAGGACCAUCCAGCAAAGCAGUGGCAGAGCCAGGCAUUGAACCUAGGUCUCCCGAGUCUCUGUCCAGUACCCUGUCCAAGGAGUUCUUGAUCAAUGCAGUUCGAUCAAUUGUUCCUAACAAAAGCAAUAAUGAAAUAGUUCUGGUGUUGCAGCAAUUUGAUAACAAUGUAGACAAGGCAGUUCAAGCUUUUAUGGAUGGCAGUGCAGUUCAGGUACUAAAAGAAUGGAAUAUGACAGGGAAAAAGAAGAAUAAUAAAAGAAAAAGAAGCAAAUCUAAACAGCAUCAAGGCAAUAAAGAUACGAAAGAGAAGAAUGAUAGAACUGAAAAGGUUUCCCUAGAGCCUCAAGAAAUAUAUGGCUGCCAUCUGAAUGGAUGUGACAAGGAUAACUCUUCCAGUGACUCUGCCAAUGAGAAAUCAGAAGUCAUUUCUCAUGAGAACAAAAGCUGUGGAUUCGAGGAGGUGGUGCAAGCACAUGCAGAAAUCACAGACAGAAACCUAGAGCACAAGAGAAUAUCUGCAGAUUUAAACCUAAAGUCUGUAAGUGGAACAGAACAGCGAGAUACUUUUCAGUCAUCAGUUCAACCUCUGACUGAUGUAGGCAGGCCGAAGUCAAAAACAUCCACAGUUAAAGCAUCCAUCCCUGCAGCCCAUCUUGAAAAAAAGCCAGAUGAUUCAAUCAAGAAAAAGGGUCCAAACAUUGAAAAGUCCGUGAAAGAUUUGCAACGUUGCACUGUUUCUUUAACUAGAUACCGCAUGAUGAUCAAAGAGGAAGUGGAUAAUUCAGUGAAGAAAAUCAAAGCUGCCUUUGCUGAAUUACACAGCUGCAUCAUAGACAAAGAAGUGUCAUUAAUGGCAGAAGUUGAUAAAGUUAAAGAAGAAACCAUGGAAAUCUUGACUGUUCGUCAGAAAAGAGCCGAGGAGCUAAAGAGACUGACAGACUUAGCUAGUCAGAUGGCUGAGACACAACUGGCUGAACUCAGGGCUGAAAUUAAGCACUUUGUGAGUGAACGCAAAUAUGAUGAAGAGCUGGGUAGGUCUGCCCGGUUCUCCUGCGACAUAGAACAGCUAAAAACCCAAAUUCAGCUCUGCGGAGAAAUUUCUCAUCCAAAGAACAACUACUCCUCAAGAACACCAUGCAGUUCUGUGCUGCUGUCAGUGACUUCGCAUGUGGCAUCUGGCAAGCAAAGUACACACUCCCGAAAAUCCUCCAGUCACAUCAAGAACUUUGAUAGUAAAACGGUCAGCACUAAAAUGCCAAAUCAUCUUAUUUCCAAUCCCACAGAAUCCUCUCCCCAAGUAACCCCAACAAAUAAACAGAAUGGGCCUUCUAGCCAGAGACGAAGAUUUAACUCACAGUAUCACGGCAUCCGGCCCAAUGGGUCUGUCAAGUCACAAGGUGCCAGUAAUGAAACAGAUCAAAAUAAUAUAAAGAGCAGUUCCAGAUAUGAACACAGAAGACAACAGCAUAAUAGUUUCAGACCUAAAAAUAAAGGAGCUAUGAAAAAUCAAGACCAGUCCACAGCUACAAGAACCACAGAGAAUCUCACACAUACAGAAAAAACCCAAAGAAAGCAUCGUACACCAGACAGCACCGAGCCCAGACCAUUCCGCAGCAGUGUUGCUAGGGUAUCUCAGUGCAAUUUAUGCCCUGCAAGAAUAGAGGCCUCUGCUGAUGCCACUGUUCUUUCAGUGCCAGCUGUGACUUUGGUGGCUUAAAUUCUCGCCAAGAAGAGAGAAAAAGCAGAUUUAUUUUUUUCCAUUUCAGUUUCUCACUCAAGGUGCUAGUUGAAUUGCUGACAAAAAGCUAGUCUGUCAGAAAACAGAAUCAAUUUAAAUCAGUUUUUGCUUAAAAACCUGUUGGCAUUUUUAUUAAUUCCAAAUAAUCAGCAGUAGUUCACCUCAUACUUUCAAGGCUUUGCUCAAUAUGCUCAAGGUUAUUUUUGUCAUGACAAUGCAGCAUUUUUGCCAGGCAGUAUUCGCUUCUUAGAAAAAUCAAAUCUAGGUUGAAUAAAAUAAAUUGAAGAUUAAAUGCAUAGUAGCAAGAUGCCUGCUAUAGAUAUGUGGUUGUACCAGUCCACUCUGUUGUUUGUAGAGCAGUUAAUGUUAGAAAAAAUAACAGGAAGUUCGUGCAUCAUGGUCUGCAAUAAAAACAGAUGAUCUUAUAGAAUUUUUCUGUACAAGUCUAUACAGCAUUCUUUCUCUCCAUAUAUAUAUAUAUCUCUAUAUUAUAUACUCACACAAUAGUGCGCUAUACAAAACAAAUUAAAAAACAUAAUGCAUUUGAUUUCUGUCUGUUAUUCUAUAGUGAAAGAUCUGUAAGAUCAAGUAUAAAUUGUAUUUAAUACAUAAUAUAUUAGUAUUUUUCAUUGGUAAACUACCCAGAGUCUGGAAAAAUGCUCAUUUCUUACGUUUGGAAUGUAUAUAGUCACAUUAUCCAGGUGCACAGUCCAAUUCUCCACCUUUAUCAGUCACUUUUUUAUGACUAAUUGGAAUUAUUUUUUUGUGUAUGAAAAGUUGCAGUUGAAUCCAAACUGUUUUUCGCUAUAGGAAUCAUCUGUCCCACAGGAGAGCUAUGACUCUUACAAAUCUGUUAUGGUAACAUACAGCAGAAAGUGGAGGUGGAUAUCGCAUCCAUCUGAAUUUUCUAUUUAAAAAAAAAAUCUUGAUAAUUUUAAAUGUUUUGAUUCUGAAUUGCAAAAACCUUGUUUCUUCCAAAAAAUUAAAAGUUACUCCCUAAAAUCUCUAUAAUGUUUGCUGCUUUGCAGUACCAAACCACAUAAGCGUCUCAUUUGUUUAUACUCAUUUUUGUGGCAACAACCACCCUCAACAUGCACUUUGGGCCCAAUCUUGCAGUUCUUAUUCAAGUAAAAGUCCCACCAAGAUCAGUUCUCUUUUAUUUGUUGACUUUUAGGGCUUUAUUCCUUGCUUGUUGAAAUUUAUCUUAGACAUUUGGGACCUGACCUAAAACUCACUGAUGUCAACUGGAGUCUUUCCACUAACUUCAAUGGAUUCUGGAUCCGGCCCUUACUUUCUUUUGUGGACUUUUCCAAUACCCUGAGUCACGCUGAAUAGCACCUUGAGCCACAAGUAGCUCUACUGACUUCAAAGGGACUGCCUGUGAUGUAACCUACUACUCUGCAAAAGGUAUGAGAAUCUGGCCCUCUGUCACCACAUUAAUGAAAUGCCUGACUUGGCAGCUUAUUUGCUACCCUUCACUUUGUCAUAGUUACCUCUGCCUAAUUGUUAUUAGAGGGCUUUAUUCAGUUGCACUACAUGAUGCUAUUUCCCCUUCAAAAAAAAUCUUAAAGCAUGAAUGUCCUUGUUAGUUUUUCAAAUGAGGGACAUCAUUUAUGCCCAAUCUUUGCUCAUUUCUCUGAGUGACAUCAAUGGAAGUUCCCUAGGUGGAUAUUGGGCUUUAUCUGGCUCUAAGAAGCAAUUAGCUUCUCUUCAUCUUCAGAGAUAGUGAACGAAAAAAUAAAAAUAUGGGGACAUUUCCUACUUAAGUAUUUACUCAGUAACAAGGCAUUGCAUCUCUACUGCUCACCCUGCAGAUCACCAGGAAGCAGUUCACUUUGCAAAAGGCUUGAAUGGUUUCUCUCCAUUUCAAACCCACAAGGCUCACUGACAGCAUGCUUGCAGAUGGGUGAUCAGAAGAGACUGGAUUAAUGCUAACCUGAGCUGCUGCUGUUUGCAAAGGCAGGUGGGGGGAGUGACUUCUGUUUUCCAGAGUGGAUUGCAGAUGGUUGGGCUAGAAAGGAAUAAGGAAGUUGUCCCGUGGAAUUGUGGGAUACUUCAGGCUGACUCCCAGUCCCCAAGUCAACCAGGGCUGUGUCUAUACUGCAAAGUGAUAGGGCUCAGACUGUGGGGCCUGGUUUAAUGCAAGCUCAGACCUUCCAGGCCUGCAGGGUCCUGGGACCUUGAACCUGAGCUCCAGGUUAGCACAACUGCAGUGUAGGCACAAGGUACGGCGGGGGUGGACUUGAAUAUGGGCUCAAGCACAGGCUUACAUUUCACUGCAGCAAUAACCAUAAUGACCCAAGGAAACCCUGUGCUGCAUCACAUGCAAGUGAAACUGCUCUGGAGGCUACAGCUAUCCAACUUUGUGUGGCAGCUCUUUAUUAUGGUGAGAGAUAUAACAGAAUACCGCACAUUUCAGAGUGUUCCAGAACGUCAUCCAAAAAAACUACAGAAACAGCUUGAAACAUUAGUGAAUGCUGCACCAGCAGCUGGAAUAAGCUGAAAAACAGCUGAAGAAGCCUGUAUGAAAAUGGCUAAAUCUUUAAUGCAAAUUAGAAUGUCUGACAUACAGAAUUGUCAGUGAGCCACCAGCGGGGGCAGAGCUGUAAAAUUGUAACUCGGAGCUAACUUGCAUGAGCCAUCCAAAUUUAUUCACUAGAGCAAAACAAACGACAGCAUUUCCCAGGAAGUUCACAAAGCAGCCGGGCUCUAAAACUUCAUCUCCUGAGAUUUCCCUCUCACCCCUAAUACUAUCUUACCCUCCUCUGAGCUUUUGCCUGAAGGGAACCUUAGAAUGCUACUGCAGGGCUUUGCUAUAGCAGAACACCCAUACUGCCUCACAGCCUACUGAUUGAUUAUUACUGCAUUUGUGACUCCUUUAAUUAUUUGUAGCAAGGCUGGCUGGAGCCUAUAAGCCUCAUUCUCUCUGACUUUCAGAGCCGUAUCACCUAAUCCUUCCUGCUCAGUUUCUGGGGUGAGAGCUUUGACCUUCAUAAAUUGAAGAGAGAAGGGGGAAAAAAAUGAUGAAAUUUUCCUUUCACAGGGAAACAUCAUUCUCUUGCUUCCCGGCCAUACUGAACUGCAGCCAUGGUGCACUAAUCAGGUAGGUGUUUAAACAGAAAUAGUUUAAAACUAGUUUCCUCUCUUCACCGGCAAAAUGUUGGAAAGUGAGACCACCACAGUGAUUACAGAGACAAGAGACAAGAUAUUAAAUAUCUAUUAUAUGCAAUCUCUGCAUCCCAGUCUCUCGCAGGAGGAAGAUUUAGUGCAGAGAAGGAACUAAAACCUAGCAGUGUAUAUAUAGCACAAUCAACUAUGCCAUCUGGCUGCUCGAUUUAUCCAUUAUUGUCUGUUUUCUUGUAGGGUUUACAGCAACAGUGGGUAUUAAGGUAGGAUUUGAAAUGGAACAGAGUAUUGGCCUCACAGAUCAGUUUAGGAUUGGCAUUACAUGAAUAAGGGAGAGCGUGGAAGAAAGCAUGUAGAUAUUUGUGGGAGAAGCAGACAAAUGGCCAGGCACAGCUGAUGUCAUUAGCAGAGCAGAAGAGAUGACAAAAAAAACAAGAUUGAACUAUCAUAAUGCUGGGUUCAGAAGACAGGCAGUUUCCCUUCAAGUAACAUAUUUGUUUAUAAAAAUGACUAUUUGCACUGCAUAUUGUAGAGGAACUUCCUAAGCUAUUUUAACAGCUGAACCCAAUACCAAUUACUAACUCUGUAAUAUUUCUGUGACUCUUAGCUGAAUAACUUUUUAGCAUUAUCAGUACUCUCCUCCUAGACAUUCAAAAUGAACAUGUGCCUAUCAUAUGAAAUAACAUUGAUUUGUUUCAAUUAAGUACAAAUAAAUUUUCCAUAUUUUGAAGCAGUUUAUUGAAUUACAGCUGUAUGAAUCACACCUACUGUUGGUGAUAACAGGCUUCUGUCUCACAGCCCCAUGCUCAGUCACAUGUGAACGAUUUUCUAGGCAUUAACUUGGUGUGGUACUCCUCUACAUACUUAACACUUGCACUGCCAAACAUUGGGUUGUUUGAAAACACAAAAUUCUGCUUAUACAGAAGGCUGAAGUAGUGACAAAAAAAUUACAGCAAUGUUUAAUCCAUCAAACUAAACAGGCAAUACAUUUUAUACAUGAGAUAAUGGCCAUUGGACGCUAGUACUCAGCACAAUGGAUUGCUAGACUGAAGUUAUCGUCUGAAUUCAGUUUCUUUUAUAGAUUUACCUUGGUACAUUUUUCAAAGUACCCUGGUCAUUAAGCACAAUUUGACAGACCAUGUAAAAUCCCAAAUGAAGAAUCAAGUCUCAUCUUUAAUACAACUUCCCCAAAUCUUUCAUGUUACCUGUAUCUGUGUAAGAGUGUGAAUGCAGAUAUACAAUG